AUGCCGAAACAGAACCAAUCAGUCAUCGAUUUGGAGCCAACGUUGUUCUCUGAGAAUUCCUCUUUAAAAUUACCAAAGAAGGAUUGUGUAACAGCAGCAACUGAAGUGAGCUCUUCUACAAUGAUCACAACAACACCCAAGAUUGAACCACCCUAUUCAUCGUGCAAGGAUUUAGUAUCAAAUGUGUCAGGAAUCUAUCUGAUCCGUGUUAAGAACGAAAGUGAACCGUUUCCUGCGUAUUGCGAGCAAGAGAAGUUUGGUGGAGGCUGGCUAGUAUUCCAGUACCGAUACGAUGGAUCGGUAGAUUUUUAUCGUAAUUGGACUGAAUUCAAGAAUGGCUUUGGAGAUUUAAAAAAAGAGUUUUGGUUGGGGCUGGAAAAAUUGCACCAACUAACGUCGAUCCGUCCGUAUGAAUUGAUAGUGGAGCUGAAAGACUUUAACAGCACUUAUAAAUAUGCUCGGUUCGACAGGUUUGAGAUCGGAAGCGAAAGCGAGCAGUAUAGCCUCAAAACUCUCGGAAAGUAUAGUGGAACCGCUGGUGACUCAUUGGAGUAUCAUAAGGAGAUGAAGUUCUCGACGGCGGAUCGCGAUCAUGAUAAAUCCAGUGGAAAUUGUGCUAACAUUUACGAAGGCGCCUGGUGGCACAAAGAUGGUCAUUAUUCACAUUUGAACGGAAGAUAUCUUAACGCUGAAAAUAAUAAAGCAAUGGGUUGGUACCAUUUCAAUAAUAAACAUCAAGGAAUGAGCCAUUCAAGAAUGAUGAUUCGCCCACUACCGCGUGCAAGCGAGAGGGAAAAGCUGCGAACGGUCGCUCGCCAAAGAAGGACAGCAGCAACGGCGGCAGCAGUAACACCAGUGAGCAGUUACUAA